CGACAGGUGAUGGCGCACGUGACCCAAUUGAGCCAAGCCUUUUGCUUUUGACCUCAUUCGAUUAUCCUUACCUCGGAUACCGUCACGACCUCUGUACGCAUCAAAGAUCUCAAACCAUUCGUCGCGAUCCGCUCCGCUCUUCCAAGAUGCUCUCCCGCGCCGCCGCCCGCACGACGACGUCGCUUGUCUCCCGCCGAGGCUUCCACGCCACCCGGGCUCGCAUGUCCUCGCCGUACCACUACCCCGAGGGCCCCUACACCAACAUCCCCUUCAACCCGCGCAGCAAGUACUUCGGUCUCGGCUUCUGGUCCUUCAUGGCCACGGGCUUCCUCGCUCCCUUUGGCAUUGCCGUCUACCAGACCUACAAGGAGCAGUAAGCUUGAGACGGAAAUCUGGGUGGCUUGUUCAAGGCGAGGAAGAUAUUGUUUGGAGCAGCUGUCCCGGCAUAUUCGAUAGACUGUUGGGCAGCGGUCGAUAUCACUGUAAACAAAGUUCCAUUUGUCAGCCCGAAUCGAUACGAUCGACACGUGCCGUGCUUAGCCACAUUCGAAACCGAUAUGACGCCCUGCGAUAUGCAAAUUCGUGCUUCAUUCACGGCGUCGCGCCCCAAGACAAUGGGCUGGAAUACAAAUGCGACUGGGGUAUUGCUAUAUGCAGAUGAAGUGUACAUGUAAAGUGGCU